CCGGGCGAGAGCCUACGUUGGCGGCCUCGCUCAACCAACAGCCCUUCCGGCUUCACCGCCAUUACAGACAGAAGUCAUGGCAAUCCGCUACCCGAUGGCCGUGGGCCUCAAGAAAGGCCACCCAGUCACAAAAAACGUCACUGCCCCGAAACACAGCCGUCGACGUGGGCGUCUGACCAAGCACAGCAAGUUUGUGCGAGACAUGAUCCGCGAGGUGUGCGGCUUCGCUCCCUACGAGAGGCGGGCCAUGGAGUUGCUUAAAGUGUCCAAAGACAAGAGGGCGCUUAAGUUCAUCAAGAAAAGGAUUGGCACCCACAUCCGGGCAAAGAGAAAGCGCGAGGAGCUGAGCAACGUACUGGCCGCCAUGAGGAAAGCCGCCGCCAAGAAGGACUAAUUUGUCUCAAUAAAUGUUCGACUACA